AUGGAAUACCCACCACAAUAUCAACAUACUCAGCACCCACACUUGCAAAGCGGCUACCAGACCUCUCCACAAAACGCUGGUCCCGGUGCUCUGACCUCGCCGUCGGGUCCUCAACCGCACAUGCAGCAACACAACCCUAAUCAAGCAUCGCCCAUUCUCCCAUCGCAGACCCAGAGUCAUUACCAACCACAGUCGGCCGGUACGGUCCACCAAUCCAUGGGCUACCCCCAAUAUGGUGUACCUGGCAACCUACCUCAAGGCUAUGGCAUGACUGUCCCUCAGGCUGCAGCAAUGGCCACAGCUGCUGCAUCUGGUAUGUAUAACAGCAUCUCUCCACACGAACCUUCGCUAACCUUUGCGCCAGGCCAAAUGCCAUCGAUGGCUCAAGGUGUCAGCUUGCAACAGGGUGCUCCUAUGAGCAACUCGCAAAGAAGAAUGAGCCAGCACAUGAGCAGUCCUCAUGGCCAAGUCUCUCAGCCAGCUAUGAACCACAACAUGCCCCGUCAGUCUGUUCCUCCAGCGAUGCCGCCGCCGCACCAGGUCCAACAGCCUCAAGAGGAGAUAGUCGCUGGCGGCGCCGAAGAGUCCCCACUCUACGUCAAUGCUAAGCAGUUCCAUCGCAUCCUGAAGCGACGCGUUGCUCGUCAGAAGCUAGAAGAGCAGCUGCGAUUGACCUCGAAGGGACGUAAGCCGUAUCUGCACGAGUCUCGUCACAACCAUGCCAUGCGCCGACCGCGCGGGCCUGGCGGCCGCUUCCUGACGGCCGAUGAAGUCGCUGCUAUGGAAAAGGGCGAGAACCCUCUCGCCGAGAACGGGCAAACGCCCGCCAGCAAGAAGUCGGAUAGCGGUGGUUCUGGGACCAAGCGCAAAGCUGAUUCCAACAACGAGAACGAAACCCCGGCUAAGAAGAACAAAGUGGCCAGUGAAAGUGCGGAAGAAGACGACGACGAAGAGGGCGAGGAGGAUCUUAGUUGA